AUGAAGUUCAGCAUCCUGUCAGUCCUUGGGGCUCUGGCAGUCGUUGCCAAUGCCUCCGUGUUGACCCCUCCAGUCCUACCAUUAGCUGUGCGAAACCCAUAUUUGAGCACGUGGCUUGCCGAUGCCCGGAAGAACCCAUGGGAUCAUUGGCCCAUGUUCUGGACUGGUAGUACCUUCGGGUUUGCCAUCAUGGCGGCAGUACCCGACACUAACUCCGUAUAUCCCCUGCUUGGCCGGCCACAGGACUUUCUGCGCGAGAAAGAUGGUAGCUAUGCUGUCCAGUUCCCAAAGUACAACGGGGCCACAUUCGACGCCUCGACCACGAACCUGACCUACACCAUCUCGAGCCCCAAGAAUGGAGAUGAGGUCAAGAUCAACUUGUCGUUCCUAUCUCCCAUCACGCCAACCUCGACUUUCCGCCAAGCUCUGCCCGCGUCGUACAUGACUGUCCACGUAGAGGGAACCCUGAACGUGAGCGUCUUCGUGGACAUCAAUGGAGAGUGGGUUAGCGGUGAUCACAACAAUGAGAUAACGUGGGAGCUAGGGAAGGCUGAAGCUAGCACAUCGUCUGAAAGUGACGUCAAGUUUUGGAAGAUUGCUAGGCGGUUUCCGCAACAUUUUACGGAGCACGCAGACCAGGCCGAAUGGGGAACCCUAUACUUCACUGGGCCUGCCGACGUGGAUCACCAGACCGGUGAGGCUGUCUCGUUGCGCCGGUAUUUUGCGAAACAUGGAGUCUUGAACAAUCACCAUGAUCAUUCAUACCGCAAGAUGUUCGACAACGAGCCAUUGUUUGCGUUUGCCAAGCACUUCAAGCUCGGAGGUGGAACGAAAUCUUCUCCGAAGAAAGACAGCACCUUAUUCACAUUCGCUCUCAUUCAGGAUCCAGUCGUACAAUAUGCUUCAGCUAGAGGGUUGACUCAGAUGCGACCGUUGUGGUCCUCAUAUUUCUUCACGCCAGAGGAGAUGCUUCUAUACCACUACAAUGACUUCGAUACCGCAGCUGCGCUGGCAUCCGAUUAUUCCGAACAGUUAGCCAAAGAUGCAUUUGCUUCGGGCUCUCAGGACUAUCAAGACAUUGCGGCUUUGUCUGCACGGCAAGUACUUGGCGCGACCCAAUGGUCAGGUACUCCUGACAACCCAAUUCUCUUCCUAAAGGAGAUCUCCUCCAAUGGCAACUUCCAGACAGUUGACGUUAUAUUCCCUGCGUUCCCAUUCUUCUUGUACACGAACCCGCAAUGGCUGAGCUAUCUUUUGGAACCCUUACUCGAGCAUCAGCUUUCUGGUCAGUAUCCCAACAACUACUCCAUGCACGAUUUGGGCUACCACUUCCCCAAUGCAACAGGUCAUGGGGAUGGUAAUGAUGAAUACAUGCCUGUUGAAGAAUGCGGUAAUAUGCUGAUCAUGGGUCUUGCACUGGCCAAUGCUAUGAGAGAUAACCCACGGCCAGCGUUUAUCCGGGCAGCGCAUACGACAGCCGCUCUUCCACUGGGCCCACGCACGGUGGAGACACGAUCCGUUGAUGACUACGGCAUGGAUCUCCGGUGGGAGGACAUGGGUACAACCGGUUCUAAGGCCGCUGAGAAGUGGACAAUGCGAUCAUACCCUCUCUGGACGAAGUGGACGGGCUACCUCGUGCGAGAAUCUCUCAUUCCUGCCAACCAACUCUGUACGGAUGACUUCGCGGGUUGGUUGGCUAACCAGACAAACCUUGCUUUGAAAGGCAUCGUCGGAAUCAGGGCCAUGAGCGAUAUGGCCAACCUUGUGGGUGAUACCGCAGACGCGGCCAAGUACCGGCGAAUCGCGGAUGACUACAUCGCAAAAUGGCAAGACUACGGUAUUUCCAGAGAUCAAACGCAUGCCAAGCUGUCGUACACAUGGCAAGGAUCCUGGACUACGCUAUAUAAUCUCUACGCUGACGCUCUUCUCUGUUUCCACAUUCCCGAAAACAAGCCACCGCUUGGGACCAGUAGAUUCUGGUCUUCGAAGCAAAGUCCGAUAGGUGAUGACUCUGAGGCCACUUCGAAGUCGACUUUCAUCCCCGAGCGAGUCUACAAGAUGCAAAGCGAUUGGUAUCACAAUGUCCUUCAAAAGUACGGUUUACCACUCGAUCAACGGAAUCUACAAACAAAGAGCGACUGGGAGUUCUUUGCGGCCGCUGUAACCAGUAAGAAAACCCGCACAGAAAUCCUACAGAACGUUGCUAGAUGGGUCAACGAGACGUCUACGGACCUGCCUUUGACAGAUCUAUACCAAACUGAAGGCACUGGGGGUUUCCCAGGCGUCAGCUUCAAGGCCCGGCCAGUGGUUGGAGGCCACUUCGCCUUCCUUGCUUUGGAAAGAGCUUGCGGCGGCAAAGCAAUGGAAGCACUCAGAUAUUUGGAUGAAUCAGAGCCUGCGGUCAUCAAUGUCCAGGCAGCAUUGGAGGCUGACAUGCCCGAUGGGCUCGAUAGCGACGAUCCAUCUGAGCUAUAG